UUCACCCUCAGCUUCAAGCUUGUUCACAAUUAGUGAUUCAAACUUGCUUGAUAAGAAAAUGACAGAGGUCGGGAGUCUAAAAGGGAGCAAAAAGAAGCAAAAGAAGGAAGAUGCCUGGAAACCAGAGGGACCCAUGGACCCAUUUGCUAUGUUGGACUCCCUUCCUGAGACGAAGCAGCAGGAGAUCCAGAAAGCCCUCCACCUCUUCUCCUUGGGCCGGAGUCUGCCCAAGACCCUGCAGCAAGCCAAAAAACACAUGUACCAUUUCUGGGACACACAGCCUGUCCCCAAACUGGGGGACAGCAUUGUGACUCAUGGCCCAAUAGUGGAGGGUGAAGCCAGUGUCCGUAAGGAGCCCUACUCUCUACCUCAAGGUUUCUCCUGGGACACUCUGGACCUGAGCAGCCCUACGGUGUUGAAGGAGCUGUGCACUCUGCUCACUGAGAACUACGUGGAGGAGGAUGACAACACUAUCAGAUUGGAGUUCUCGCUGGAGUAUCUGCAAUGGGCUUUACAACCUCCCAACUGGCUGGCCCAGUGGAACUGUGGUGUGCGAGUAGACGGCAAUAACAAGUUAGUCGGCUUCAUUGCUGCUCUUCCCGCAGAUGUCCGCAUAUAUGAGACGGAGAAGCGCAUGGUACAGGUCAAGUUCCUGUGUGUUCAUAAGAAGCUACGCCUCAAGCGGAUGACUCCAGUUCUGAUCCGAGAGCUCGCCAGACGGGUCAACCGGCAGGGCCUCCACCAAGCUGUCUACACAGCUGGCAUAGUGCUGCCCACACCAAUGAGCUCCUGCAGGUGCUGGCAUCGCCUUCUGAAUCCCCGAAAGCUGACGGAGGUGAGCUACCCAUGCCUGAGACAGAACAUGAACCUGCAGAGAGCUCUCAAAUUCAACCGUCUGCCUGAGGUGACAAAGACACCAGGUCUGCGCCCUAUGACUAAAGAAGAUGUUGUGGGGAUACACUCACUACUGCGGGCAAACCUGCGCAAGUUUUACCUCAGCCCCGUGUCGUCUUUACAGGAAAUAGAGCACUGGCUGUUACCAAGGGGGAAUGUGAUUGACACCUAUGUUGUGGAGGGUGAUGAUGGCACACUGACAGACGUGGUGAGUUUCUACAGCGUCUCCUCCAGGGUGCUGAAUCACCCUGUCCACACCGGACUGAGAGAAGCUCAUCUCUUUUACGUUGUCUCUACCGCCACCGACUCAGUGGACCUCAUGGAGGACACACUGGUCCUCGCUAAAUCCAAAGGUUUUGAUGUCUUCUCUGCUCUCGAAGUGAUGGAUAACAGGAGUUUCCUGGAGAAGCUCAGGUUCAGCAUCAGUGACAAGAGGCUUCAUUACUACCUGUACAACUGGAUGUGUCCUAAAAUGAGCCCAGACAAGGUGGGCUUGGUGUUACCAAACUAACCUGCCACUGAAAGAAGACGAAGAGUGGUGAAGAAAAAAGGACCGGACUGUCUGGCACUGAUGGUGGAUAUUAAACCGCAUCACCAGCAUGCAUUUGGGUUUU